ACAGGGUAGAGAGGUCCCUGGCCAGCAGUGCAGCACUAAGGGGCCAGGUGUGCUUAGUGUUGGGUAUAUUGGGGGUUUCCCGAGUGUAGGUGGGGGUAAGUGUGAGUGAGUCCAACAGGAAGAAAGUGUGUGUGUGUGUGUGUCACUUUUCUCAGAAGACCAACGCUGGGCGGCUCUACUACAGGGCUGGAAUGAAUAAAUAGUAGGUGACGGCAAACAGAGGUUCAUUUGCCUGGAGCGCCUGGGGCCAAGGAGAAGCGAUCUGCCAUGCUGCACCUCCUGUCCAUGCUUGUCCUGCUCGUGCGGCUCCCGGGGAACGAGGGAGCAGAAGUGAAGACCCUCUCGCAGAGAUCCGUACCCAACGCCUGCACCCUUGUCAUGUGCAGCCCCGCAGAGAAUGGCCUGCCUGGCCGUGAUGGACGGGAUGGGAGAGAGGGUCCUCGGGGCGAGAAGGGUGAUCCAGGUUUGCCAGGACGUGUGGGACUCUCAGGGUUGCCUGGCCCUGCAGGUCCAGUUGGACCCAAGGGGGACAAUGGCUCUGCUGGAGAACCUGGACCAAAGGGAGACUCUGGACCACGUGGACCUCCAGGACCUCCGGGUGUGCCUGGACCAGCCGGGAACGAAGGCCCCUCUGGGAAGCAGGGGGACAUAGGACCUCAAGGCAUACCAGGUCCUAAAGGAGAGGCGGGGCCAAAAGGAGACGUAGGUGCUCCAGGUAUGCAAGGAUCUGCGGGGGCAAAUGGCGCUGUGGGCCCCAAAGGAGAAAGAGGUGCCCCUGGUGAGCCAGGAGCCCCUGGGAAUGACGGGGCAGCAGGCCCUGCAGGAGCUGUGGGUCCACAGGGAGCUUCAGGACCCAGAGGGCCCCCAGGACUCAAGGGGGACAGAGGUACUCCUGGGGAAAAAGGAGCCAAAGGUGACAGUGGACUUCCAGAUAGUGCUGCACUGAAUCAACAGGUGGAGGCCUUAAAAGGGCAACUACAGAAUCUAGAAGCUUCCUUCUCUCGCUAUAAGAAAGCCGUGAUCUUCCCUGAUGGCCGAAGCGUUGGAGACAAGAUCUUCAAGACGAGCGGCUCCGAAAAGUCUUUUGCGGAUGCCAAGGAGGUGUGCAGGCAGGCUGGAGGGCAGCUGGCCUCCCCACGUUCUGCUACCGAGAACACCGCCAUACAGCAGCUGAUCACAGCGUACAACAAAGCUGCCUUUCUGAGCAUGACAGACGAGCACACAGAGGGCAAGUUCGUUUACCCCACAGGAGAGUCCCUGGUCUAUUCUAACUGGGCUCCCGGGGAGCCCAACAACAAUGGUGGAUCAGAGAACUGUGUGGAGAUCUUCACCAAUGGCCAAUGGAAUGACAAAAAUUGUGGAGAGAAGCGUCUUGUUGUCUGUGAGUUCUGAGUCUCCAGGGGUGGAGAUGGGAUAAUACUGGACCAGGAGCUUGGCCACUGGGGUAUGGCUCAGACCUGUGUGUUGCCAACAUCCUAAUAAAAUGUGACUACCUGCCUAGCUUGGGUUCUCUGUAAAAAUC